AUGAAAGGACGGCACAUGGAGAUCCUUAGCCAGGUCAACAUCAAGCUCGAGAGCAUGGGAAAGCCGCCCGCGCCAAGUGACAAGCCAGCGCCCUUGCGCGUCACAGCCCUGCCACAAGCAGGGAACAAGUCGUGCCUGGAGCCGCCGCUGGCAAACUUGCCCGGAGUACUAGUGGUCCGCGAAGACUGGGCAUCUGGCACGAAGUUCUCCGACAUGGCUACGAAAAAAGCGUCCUUGACAGACGACACUGACGCAAAGUCGGUUGGUGGCGAAGCCUCUCAGGAGCUGCCAGUCGUCAUGACCAACAGUAUGCCACCGCCAGAAAGAUCCAUAGCUUUCAGCGAUCAGCCUGACAUUCGAAGAUCCAAGUCAGCCGGAUCCCUUGGUAGGUCAGAGGGGACAAGACCAGGAGGAGCCGUCAGCGUUGCCAGUAGCCGUAUGACCCAGACAAUUCCACACCUUCGCAAGAACAGCCUCUUGGAGGGAUUGAAAGAGCUUCCAUUCUGGCAUCCAGGACGGUAUGUACACACGACACAGUUCGAUGCAAUUUUCUGCGGCGUUAUUCUAGCGAACACCGUCGUGAUGGCGCUGCAGAUGCAGUAUAAUGGCUUGCGUCGUGGCUACCGGUUGGGUGCUCCACAUUUCGAUUAUGAUGCCAGUGAGUACUGGCCGCAAGCGCCCCUCUUUUUCACGAUCUUGGAUUGGAUCUUUGGCAUUACAUAUUGCAUCGAGAUGAUCGUCAAGGUCAUAGGCUUGAAGAAGCGCUUCUUACUUGAAUGGUGGAAUUGGUUCGACGCGGCAAUUGUCUUGAUGUGGCUUGUGGAAGUCUCUCUGCAAUCAUUCUUUCGCUUAGAACCUGCAGUUCUCCGAAUGAUGCGAAUGGCACGGCUUCUCCGACUCAUCCGGCUAGUGAAGACAAUUCAAGGCUUUGAUGCAUUGUACAUCAUGACGACGGCCAUGCAGGGCAGCGCCACGUGCUUGUUUUGGUCCUUCAUGCUGCUCACGACGGUGCAGAUGAUGAUCGCGUUCUUCCUGAAUGAGUCUCUGGAAGUUUACUUCAAUGACGAGAGCAAGCCGGCAUCGGAGAAGCUGGAAGUUUUCGAGUACUUUGGCACUACAGCACGGGUCAUGCUCACCAUGUUCGAGUUGACCCUGGCGAAUUGGCCGACGGCUGCUCGCAUAUUGCAGGAGAAUGUCACAGAAUUCUAUUCAGUUUUCUCGGUUUCUUACAAGCUGAUCGUUGGCUUUGCUGCGGUCGGAAUCAUCAACGGCGUGUUCAUGCAAGAGACGUUCAAAGUGGCAGCGUCAGAUGACAAGUUGAUGAUGCGACAGAAGGAGCGAGAUCGGUCGCUGCACACGAAGAAGAUGAGAACACUUUUUGCCGCAGCUGAUGAAUCGGGUGAUGGAUUUAUCGAUCGGCAGGAAUUCUGCGAAAUCAUGAACAUUCCAGAAGUGAGGACAUGGUUGGCAGCCCAAGAACUUCCGGUUCGUGACCCAAACAUUUUAUUCAGUUUGCUCGAUGAUGGCGAUGCCGAGCUCACUGCCGAAGAGCUAGUCAAAGGCGUUGAACGCCUGAAAGGAACUGCCAAAGGCAUUGACCUUGCUGCUUUCAUAGCCGAGUACCGCGACUUCGCCUCGAAAGUCGCCGGGAAAUUGGAUAUCGAGCUGGACUUCCCAAUCAAAAGCGAGGAAGAGGAUGAGGAGGAUGGGGAGGAGGGGAAGGAGUGA